AGGUCUUACCUCAUACCAUACACAAAUAUUAAUUUGAAUUGAAAGUUAAAACUUAACAGAAAUUUAAAAAUGGCAGAAAUAUAGGAAAAUUUUUGAACACUUGGCAUAAGGGCUUUUUUACAUAGAACAAAAAGAAUGAAUUAAAAAUUGAUAAAAUGAAUUUUAUCAACAUGAAAAAUGACUGCUCUUCAAAGACACCAUUAAGAAAAAGGAAAGGUCAGCCACAAACUGUGAGAAAAUACUUGCAAUAUAUACGCCUGACAAUUGAUGUAUAUGUAGAACAUAUACAGAAGUUAUCCAACCAGCCGAUGAGCACUUGAAAAGCUACUCGGCAUCAUUAGUCAUCAGUGCAACGUGUAUUAAAUCUAAAAUGAGACACCACUACUUACCCAAUGGAAUGGCUAAAGUUAAAAAGAUAGAAAUGUCAAAUAUUCCUGUGAACACGGAUGAGGUGGAAUAUUCAUGUACUUCAAAUGGAAAUGUAGCAGGUAAAAUAUACUUGAAAAACAGUUUAGUGGUAUCUUAUGAACUUACACAGGAACUUUAUAUAAAAUUGAGCAGUUUCUUCCCUAAGUGCUUAUUUACCCAAGAGAAAUGAAAUCAAAUAUUUUAACUUAGGAGAAAAUGGUUCUUGUUAAUGUAUGCAACUAUAUAUAUAUAUAUAAAAAAAACUACAUAGUGGAGGAAAAAAAAUACAGUGGUGUGUGUUUGUGGGUGGGUGUGUGUGUGUUCCUUUUAUGAAUACUUCUUGCUCUUUUCUUAAGUGAUAUUUCAACAAGAGGUACAUUUUUUUUCAUGAUGAGUUAUCAAGCAUAAACAGGAGAAGGCAGGAAGGAUAGGACAACCUGUUGUCAUUUUAAUCCAGGGAAAAUGAAAUAUAGUGACUGGACGGCACACAACAACAAUGCCUUCAAAACCAAAAAAACAAACCCCGCUGCCCUAGAGUCAAUUCGAACUCAUAGCGACCCUGCAGGACAGAGUAGAACUGCCCCGUAGCGUUUCCAAGGAGCACCUGGUGGAUUCAAACUGCUGACCUCUUGGUUAGCAGCCGUAGUACUUAACCACUAUUGCACCAGGGUUUCCACACACAUAAAUAAAAUAUAUGUCUAUAAUAGGUAAAUCUGCACCUCUUUCGUGCCUUUGCUGACCUUGAUCUUCUCAUAAUUCAAAUUCAUCUAAGCUAAGAAGUUUUGGGAACUGGACUGAUGAGGUAUAAUUCCCCUCUGAUAUAAGUGUCUUGUUGAGAUCAAAGGUGGAGUUGUUUGUCUAAAAAGGGAUGGCUUUUCAACUGCAAUUACUUCUGAUAUAGGACAGAACAUCUCUAUAACUCAAUGUUUGGAUCAGGACAAGAAAAACAAUUCUUGCUUUUAAACAGGCAGAAUUUAGAACAGCAAUUGCUCAUAAAAGUAUUACAAGGUCCACUGGAGUAAAAAAGAUGCCUGAAAAGAAGAGAAAAAAAAAAAAAUCAGAUAGUUCAUUUUUGUGGUGAUACCAGUUUCUUAUGACCCACUUUUUCUUCUGACCCUAACCACUCAGAGUUAGGUCAGAUCUCAAAGAUAAAGAGCACAAUCGUCCAGAGUCCAUGUCUCCUCAAGACCUCAGAUAUCAGCUGCAAGCUAGGGGGUCUGCAGGCCCCUCACAUCUGACCUGUUAACUCCCACAGCUCCCUGAGGUUUGAGAAUUUGCUAAAAUGACACACAGAAAUCAAUUCCAAUUUCAUUAUGGCAAAAAAGGAUCAAAAUGAAGAGACAUAUAAGGAAAGAUCUGGACAUGUCAUUGACUGCUAACCUAAGGGAUGGCAGUUUAAACCCACCUAGCAGCUCCUGGAAGGAAGGCCUGGCAAACUGCUUCCAUAAACAUCACAGUCAACAAAACCAUGUGGAGUAGUUUUACUCCGUAAGACAUGGAGUUGCCAUGAGUUAGAGUCAAAUGGACGGUUUUUUGAGGGGAGGUUCAAAACUCAGCUUGUCUACAUGGUCACUGUGGUGGGGAACCUGGGCAUGAUUGUGAUCAUCAGGAUCAACCCCAAACGCCACACCCCCAUGUUCUUUUUCCUCAGUCACUUGUCUUUUGUUGAUUUCUGCUACUCCACUAUAGUUACACCCAAACUAUUAGAAAACUUGGUUGUGGGAGACAGAACCAUCUCCUUCACAGAGUGCAUCACGCAGUUCUUCUUGGCUUGUAUAUUUGCAGUUGCAGAAACAUUCAUGUUGGCAGUGAUGGCCUAUGACCGUUUUGUGGCAGUUUGUAACCCCCUGCUUUACACCGUCGUCAUGUCCCAAAAGCUCUGGGCAUCAUUAGUCGGUGGGCCCUGUGCAUGGGGUAUAGUUGCUUCCCUGACACUCACUUAUUUUCUCCUGACAUUAUCCUUUUGUGGCUCUACCAUCAUAAAUAACUUUGUCUGUGAGCACUCGGUUAUUGUUUCUGUCUCCUGCUCUGAUCCCUGUAUCAUCCAGGUGCUUUGUUUUCUCUUUGCCAUAUUCAAUGAGGUCAGCAACCUGGUGAUUAUCUUCGCUACACUUUUCAUUUCUGUAACUGUCAUAAAAAUGCCUUUCAAUGGGGGGCGCCAAAAAAUCUUCUCCACCUAUGCCUCCCACUUGACCGCCAUCGCCAUUUUCCAUGAGACUGUCCUGUUCCUCUAUUGUGUACCCCACUCCAAAACCUCAUGGCUCAUAGUCAAAGUAGAAUCUGUGUUUUAUACAGUGGUCAUCCCCAUGCCGAACCCCCUGAUCUACAAACAAAGAUGUGAAGGAGACUGUCAGAAAGUUCAUGAGCCACCUAACACAAUCUUGAAGAUUUAUGUAUUUUUCUGGAAAGAGUUUGCUUUAUGAUGUUAAAAAUCAUUCAAUGUUUCUAGAAGAGAU